UUACACUCUAACAUAAAAAGAAAAUAUAAGGUAAGCAAACACAGAACAUCAAAGUAUUUCGAGUCAACAGGUCAGGACUAAAAGGGUCAUGGCUGUUAACUACAUUCUCAUUGCCUUGCUAAUUGUUCCAGUGGUAUCUCAAGUGCCACCUGGUGCACCGGUAAUCACUGGACCACAGGUUAUUGUCAAGGGUGACUCUGUCACUCUGACCUGUACUGUAACUGGAGGUGCUCCUACACCAACUGUCAAUUGGUUAAGAGACAGCGUAGUAAUCGAUUCCACCUCAAUAACGUCUGGAAAUACAGUAACAAACACGUAUUCAUUUACCGCUUCUGAUGCUGAACAUCUGGCAGUUUACGAAUGUCAAUCUGAAAAUGGUGUUUUACAAAAUCCAUUGUCCAGAACUAAAUUCGUCGAAGUCUACAGAGCCCCAACGCCACCACGUUUGACUGGACCAACAUCAGUGGUCCCAGGAACAUCAACAACAUGGACCUGUACUUCAGAAGGAGGCUACCCGAUACAGACAAUGACAAUGAGAAUGGGAAACACACAGUUCUCCACAAGUCAGUUCACAACAACUACACAAUUUGUAACCAGUACUCAAUCCUAUACUGUAGUCGGUACUCUGAGGUUUCCACCUACAACAGCUAAUGAUGGACAGACACUUUACUGUGAUGUUCUACACGCAGAAUCAAGCAGCACACCACAAACAGUCAGCUUACCAUUGAGCGUCAGAUCUCCAUUGUCGGUGACAGCCCCUCGUACGUUCUAUAAUCCUGAUGAGACAGAGACCGUUACACUGGCAUGUGUAGUAACUAACGGCAAUCCCACUCAAAUCAGAUGGUACAAAAGUACUCAGCGACUAACUGUUACUGGUAGAUACUCUGGAAGUACUACCUCUAGUCCAUCAUUGACCAUAUCCGGUGUCGUAAUGAGUGAUGCUGGUACCUAUGUAUGUGAAGCUACAGAUGGUAGUGCUACCGUUAGAACCAACAACAUCCAGUUAUCUCCAAUAGAAAGAUCUGCAACAGAGUAUGAUAUUAUUACGUCCAUCCUUAAUGGUUACAACAGACUUGUCAGACCCAUCGAUCCUGUUAACAACGUAACACACUCUCUCAUUCCAAAAGAAACCAUCGAAUUUGAUCCCAAAACAUUGCGCUUUAAAGCCAUGCAGUGCAUUUCAUGGAACGACCCAAGACUGUCAUGGCCCCGAGGACAACCAAGGGUUAGCUUACCGUCAUCUGUGAUCUGGUUACCAGAUAUUGUUAUGUUAGGACAGGAAAUGAUGCACGAUUUUGAAGCAAAAGCGAUCGUCAUGAAAAACGGAGACGUGACGUAUUGCCCACAGGGAGGAAUCAAGUCAACAAAUUGUGAAGAAAAGUCCGGCUCAGUUUGGGAAUGCAACUUCAAAUUCCUGUCAUGGUCUUACGAUAAAGUCAUGUUGGACAUUCAUUUCCCAUCUGUCCUAACUAGACCAUCCAUCGAUAUGUCCAUCUACUAUGAACAUGAUGAGUAUGAAAUCGUAAGUCAGUGCCCAGUACGACGUGAGAUGAGCUAUCCCUGCCGAGUAGGUACAUACCCAGAACUGACCUACACAUUUGUCAUCAGACGUCGUAGAUCCUUCUGUAGAAACCUCAACGCAAGCCCAACAUGUAAUUAGAUGUUGAAGCUAGAUUACAGAGGUUACACAGUGAAACCAGACUUGUAAACCAAAUUAAAAACUAAAUUUUAGCAGCAUGUUUUCGAUAUUUAUUAUCACCAAUGAUCGAUAAUAGAAAAGUUAUUAUAUUAAAAGUCAUCUAUAUAAGUUAGGAAAGUGCAGAUAGUUCAUUUGUCGGAAAUUGAUUCCUUUCAUAGGUUUGCAAAUUUGAUUAAUGUAUUAGACAAUAAUAUCUUAAUCUAGUUCUUUAUUAGCUUAUAGUGAAUUAUAUUUAUAAAAUCAUAUAGUUUAUAUUUCAAUAUAAUCAUAUUUCUGCCAAAUAAUGUUGACCUCAAUUUGAUGUAAUUUCCCAUCAUACUUAUAUACAUAUAUUGAAGAAAUGUUUUUGUUUUAUAAAGCAUGAAAUUAAAGAUCAUAUAACAUCAGA